AUGAUUCAAGCGUCGAGUGAUGAUUACUGGACCUUUAAAGAUAAAUUGCUUAAAAUGUGGGUUCCAGCCGUAGGCGUGCAGACAGCUGCUGGUUUAUGUACAAGGAAUUUUGAGAAAUUCUUUGCAGAAGAAAUUUCUUGUGUGAUGCCGGACUUCCUAGAUAGAGAAAUGAUUAAAGAAAUUUUCGAGCUUUAUGUUUUCAAGCAAGAUCUUGAGAGUUCUUUUGAUACUCAGCCACCAUUUCAACUCAAUGAAGCUAUAUUGACGGGAAGUUUGACUGAAGGUCUUUUCCUCUAUACCGCAGAGCCACCGGACGUAGACUUCAUGUGCGAGUUAAAGAAUAUCAUGUUUUCAAAGGAUGAUCAAGAAUCUGGUUGCUUGUUGUUAAGAGAUGAUACGCCUUUCGUUUACGCAUUUAUCACAAACAAAGAAACACAACAUCUCUGGAGAGAGUUUUUUGACGACGUAAAUAAAGAAGAGGGAGUGCAUCGACUCUCUUCAAGAAAAUUAAAAGAAAAGCUACAAGAAAACUAUCAAAAAUCAGGCAGAACAAUUUUCCCUUUCUAUGACAAUAAACAACUAGAAGAAGUAGCAGAAGGUGCAGCAUUGACCGUCUUUAAUUCAAAAACAGCUUCCUCUGUCAUACAUUAUCCAAUAGUUUUAAUGAAAACAUUCCUAUUCGAACCAUUAGCUAAAACACUAGAAUUUCUUCACAACGACUGGGACCCUGACCCUUUUUUUAGCAGAAAACUGAUCUCUUUCGAUAUUGUUUUGUCCAUAUUCUGCGAAGGAUGGCCGUUCUGUGCAAAAGAAUGGAUCAUAAGAGAACGACUUUGGCCAGAUAUACAUUCGGUGGAGAAAAUCAAACAAGGUGGAUUUCACAUUAUCCCAAAGAGCUCGCCCGAUGGAGAUUUUCGUUUGUCUUUUUCAUGUGCCGAAACGACGUUGAUUAAAACUCUCACACCACUACAGCUUAAAGUAAUGAGAGCUUUCAAAGCAGUAGUGAAAUAUUAUCAAAAUACCUGGAGUGAGAAUCUGAAGGAGAUUAUAUCAAGUUAUCAUUUGAAAACCAUCGCAUUUUGGCAUUUUGAGAAAUCCUCACAAGAAUCUUGGACUGAAGAAACUUUAGUUCAUCAUCUUGUUACAUUACUCGAAGAGUUAGCAGAAGCUUUGAGAAUGCAAUAUCUUCCAAUGUACUUUAUGCCAAAAUUUAACCUCCUCCAAGAUGUUGACGAUCCCGAACUAAUGCUAGACUUAAUGGAAAGGAUUUCACAACUUUCACACAAUUUCACUGCGAUGUCUGAAGCUGUAGACAAUUACACCACUAGAGUUUAA